AUGGUUGUGCGAGGCAAGAAGUGGCGCGAAAAGCGAACUGUACUCGUGCGCCAACGUUCUAGGUGGAAGGAGUUGGUAUUUGGGAACUCCGGCCCAGAGGACCUGCAGGAACUUCUGGAUUCUUCCAUCCAAGGCGUAAUCUACUUCAGCAUGGUUUCCGUGGUAAAGUCUUCGCAACUCAUCGGAAAGACCAGAAAAGACCUGAUAGAACUGUUCGGGAGUCUGAAGCAAACCGUCCUCUGGAAAUUCGAUGAAGACAUUCAAGGCCUUCCCAAGAACGUCCACAUCCGAAAAUGGAUGCCACAGUCUAGUAUACUUGCGCACCCCAACCUUAAAGUAUUUAUUACGCACGGCGGUCUCCUCAGUAUAAUAGAGUCGCUGCAACAUGGGGUGCCUUUACUGGCCAUACCCAUGUUCGGAGACCAGCCCGGUAAUGUCUACCGCAGUGUUGCCGCUGGUCACGCGCUAAAGGUCGACUUUUCACCAGAUAUGGCUCUGGAAUUGAAGAAGGCACUGCAUGAAAUGUUAAUUAAUGAUAAAUAUCAUAAUAAGGCGAAAUUCCUCUCAAACAUGUAUAAGAAACGGCCGACACCUCCGUCAGAGCUGAUAAAGCAUUACAUUGAAAUAGCUAUUGAGAGCAAAGGUGCGUAUCAUCUCCGUUCACCCGUCAAACUUUACAAGUGGUACGAAUUGUGGAUGCUGGAUGUAAUUUUAGCUGUUUUGUUUAUUUUGUGCAUGGCAUACUAUGUAAUUAAGACAAUUAUCAAAUUCGUGAUACAAAAAUUUUGCUCUAGUAAAAAGAAAACUCAGUAA